AUAUCGCCACAGAUGCGUUUAUUUCGUGUUUGUCUGUAUAAAAGACCGCGUACUCUGAUCUUUGUGUCAGCCUUUAACUAACUUUAAUUUAACCGCACGUCAGUUCUUUGUUGACAAAAACAAGGGGCGUCCUCGUCAAUCCGACGUCACUAGAACGCGGCAUAAAAAUAGGUGGAUGUUUGUGCGUGAUAUAUGUAUUGAUAUGAAUCAGACCCAAGACGACAGCUGUUGUUUCAGUCACUUUCUGUAUUGAACUGCCGCGCCGCGCCUCCCCUCAUGACGUCACACAACACAGCCCGACAUCCCUAACAGUGGACUGUCACCCUGGUAACAGGCGUCUGAGCAGAGGGCAAUUUAGCGUUUUAUUUGGUUGCCUUGAACUACUUUUCUUUUGCCAUGAAUUGUAUUGAUGAGAAUUAAAGUACCAGAUGAUUAUGGAUGCACCCAAGCAAAGCCAAGUAGGUGUUGGACCUGGCGUUCAAAUGCGAAGAAACAUGGGAGACUAUGCCGAGGUUCACGGACCCUACAGAGCCAAUCGCGGGUAUUCAGCCUCGCUGCAGCCUCUCCAAGUCCACAACGGUCUGUCUAAUCCACCGCGUGCGUCCACCCUGAGGGAAUGUGAGCUCAUCAUCCGUCAGCUGUACAACACCAACAGUUUACAGUCCCAGCAAAUUGUGCGCUACAAGGAGUUGCUGAAAGAUAUUGGGCUCAACAAGAGAAUCACCCCCGAAAACUACAACCUGACCAAAGCCUUCCUUGCGGAUGAUAUUUGCAAAUUCUCUGACAACACAUUUCCGAAACUGGAUCUGAAAACAGAAAAAACGACCGCCGUUGGCCUCCCGGCGCUCACGCAGGGCCUCAACUCAUCUGUGGCGGAGCGCCAGAGACGGAAUCGCGCCGUGCACAGAAGCCACGUCAAGGGCACGGUGCGAUGAGAUGAUCCAGAUGCUCACCUCUCAGCUGCAACUUCGGGGACAUGCAAAGUCAGUGUCCGUGUGAUGUCACAGAUCAAACAGCCAAUCAAAAAGCCGUGGAAGAACCGAGAGAAAUGUUUUUGCUGGGUAGAAGCUUGUAAACGGCAGGGAUUUACAGUACCUAAUGUCACCAAAGACACAUAUAUAUAUAUAUAUAUCAUUGUCAAUUAUUCUCAAAGCAUCCCCUGAUCUUAAGCCCCCCAAAAGAGCUACGAAAAACUCCCAAAAACCCUACUAAAAAAAAUCAUUUUAUUUAAUCGUAGUUAUAUAUUUAUCAUAAAUGUAUCAUUUAUUCAUAUUACCUUACCAUACUACCAUAUAACCCUAACCCUAAAUAUUUCUGACACGUCACCGGUCCGUAGCUUUCCAUUCGCUUGUGAGUUACUCCAUCAUACCAUAUUCAUUCCGGGUAUUGAGAGCCAGGCUUCCUUAGUGGAGUUGUUGGUCCUCUGGGAUCUCACCCCCAGCAACACGGGUUUCAAUUUUGGUGGGGCCUAAAAAAAUUAUUAUGCCCUGCAUUUGACUAGGGGUGUAACGAUACAUCGAUACGCAUCGAUUAAUCGAUCGUAGAGCACUAGAUCGCGAUACAUCGUGAAUGAACCGCAGCAGGCUUUAAGAUAUCGGCAAAUAUCGUAUCGUAGUUCUUUAUAUCGAUAUUAUAUCGUAGCGUGAAAAAACCCGCCAUUUACACCCCUACAUUUGACCCAUCCCCAUGUGAUCGAGGCUUCUGUAGUGUGGUGGUCUGUCUUCUGGGCUUUCACUCCAGCGACAUGGGUUUGAGUCUGGGUCCAGCCUAAAAAAUAAAUUUGCAACACAGUUGAUCGUGUAUUUCCCCAUUUAACCAUCCACCUCCCUGAAGCUUAGGGUUGGGUUUAGAGCUAAGGUUAGGUUUAGAGCUAGUGUUUGGGUUAGAGCUGGGGCUAGGGUUAGCGUUAGAGCUAGGGUUAAGGUAAGAGUUAGAGCUAGGGUUAGAACUAGAGCUAGCGUUAGGAUUAGAGGGUUAGGGUUAGGAUUAGGGUUAGAGCUAGGUUUAGGGUUUGGGCUAGGGUUAGGGUUAGGGUUAG